AUGUACCAACCAGGAGGAGGAGGAGGAAUUCACGAUCUCAGCCUCCUAUUUGAAUUAAACAAUAAUGCGAAAUUGCCUAGUUUCGCUCUAAAUUCGAAAACCCUAACUAUUCUGAACUUGAAGAACGUUUUGAUCCUGGAUCCACCUUCACGUGUUGUUGAUCUUCCUUCGCUCAAAGUACUUCACAUGGAAUAUGUGGCUUUUUCUUUUAGUGAUUAUGAGAGGAAACUUCUACCUGGCUGUCCCAAUCUACAGGAUUUGAGAACAAAGGAUUUAACCAGGGAGUUUUCGCCAUUGAAUAACAUUCUCAUGUUUAACAAUUUAACCCACAUGGAGCUUAUCUUGGACUUUAAACCUGAAUGCGCCAGGUGGCACAGGAGAUGGCUUAGAGAUCUGCUUAUAAAAUGCCCCAACCUUCAAACUCUUAUAAUGGAUAAGGUGGUUUCUAUGGAGAGGGAAUUCAAUUGCAAAUAUUGGAAGGACCUAAAAACUGUUCCGGAAUGCCUUUUAUCUCAUCUUACUACAUGCUCACUUAGAAAUUACACACACACAAAAAGUGAGCUUCAAUUUGCAAAAUAUGUAAUGCAGAAUUCAAGAGUACUGAACACCAUGGAAAUUCAUUGUGCUAACUUCAUAGAUACAUAUACAAAGCUCCAAAUGUUAAUGGAAUUAUCUUUGUGUCCAAGGAUUUCAGCUACAUUUGCUACUGUCACCAAGGGAAAAAUAUCUACUUUAGUGAGAGAGGUAAUUGGAAAUGCAAUGAAUGAAGUGUGA